CUCACGACUAGAUAUUCAUCAUACACCCUUUUGAAACAAAGUUUUGAGACUUAGGCUUGGCACAUAUAUAUUAUGCAGGACUCUGCGUGUGGGCUUUUGACGGUUUGAGGGUGCAUCUUGGGUGUUUUGAAAUCGUCAUUAAAUAUGAAGAUAUCAGUUAAGGUUGUCAAAGGGAAACGCUUUGAUAUCCAUGUCCACCUUUCUAAUACGGUUAUGGAUGUAAAGAUACAGCUUGAACAAAUACAAGGUGAUACUUUCCCAAGUGGACGACAAAAAAUAAUAUAUAAAGGCAAUGUGUUGAAGGAUGACACUACCAUGGAUGAUAAUGGUGUUAUUGAGAAUAGUCAUCUACAUGUCAUGUUGCAUAAGGCAGUUGAAUCAGAGAAUACAAUUGCAGCUUGUCAUUUCGAUUCUACAAAGGUAUCACAUGCAAUAAUGGAAGAUUGCUCUCGCAUUUCAGAACUGCGUUCAAUAAGAGGCUCAUCUGCAUUCUUAAGGAUAACUGAAGUUUUCCUCAUUGAUGAAGCUGCCAUUGACAGAUUGGAUCUAUCAUCUACCUUUUCUCAAAAACAAGUACUGCAUAAAAAUGCGGCUGUGGAAGACGAUGCUGAGGGAAAUCAUUUUAAAGUUGAUCCUUUUUAUGAAGAACAUACAGAUCUUCUAGGUGGCAUGGAUCUAAUAAAUGAGAUGGUUGCAUUGGGCCUUCCAAGCUCUUUCUGCACAAGCUCCAAAGAAAAGCAUACAAGCAUUAAAAGGAAGAAUAAGAAAUCAGUAAAGAAAGGAGAAAGCAAGCUAGCUCAAGUGACAGAAGAGAGGGACUUGCCUCUUGUGGAGGCAGAGGUUUCUAAUGAUGAGGUUAAUAAUGAAGCAGCUGUUCAUCUAAACUCCCAUUUUGCAUCGGUAGAACUAUAUGGAAAGGAUGAAGAUAUUUCAAAUCAAAUUCUAGUUAAUGGAACAAAUGGAACAUGUUCAUCAUCUUGUCAAAAUGGUAGCACCUUGUUUAAUGGAAGUAUCAUUUCAAACAACAAUGUAAUGACAUCUAUGCAGACUGACAGUUUGUAUAAUGCCAAAAAUUCUUCACUGAGUGAUCACAAAGCAGAAAUUGACAUUUCAGUUGACAUGAUGUGUGAGGAAGAGAUAGGAGCGAGGAAAGCACAAAAGUGUAAUGGAGGUCUAGAUGAUCGAUCUGAGUUACAUCUUGCAUGCUGUGUACAGGAAAUAACUAGUUUGUACAAUGUUGACCCUAAUUCAGAUAUUGAGAUUGAUGUCUCUAGAGUUUCUUGUCCUCCUCAUGUGGUGGAAGUUUCCCAGCUUGAGAAGGCGUCCCUUCAGAAUAAUGUUCCUACAGAAGAGGCACAACACUGUGCUAAGAGUAAUUGGGAACCUGUUUGGGAUUCUUAUUACCAAAGGUAUUACUAUUAUAACUAUGAAACAUUGGAAACGUCAUGGGAUCCUCCAGGAUUGGAGCAUUCAACUGAUAUUCCUUCUAUAUCAUACACAACAGAUAAUUGUGUUGCAGGGAAUCAGGCCAUAUGUGAAGCAAGCAGUGGAAGCUAUGAUGAAUGUUCACAAUCAGAUUUAAAAGAUAAUGAAGACAAUAUAGAGGCUACACUAGGUUGUCAAAUCUAUAGUCAGGUGUAUCAAGAGCUUGCAGAUGAUAUAUUAAAUAAGGUCAAAGUUGAGGCAGGUAAGGUGCAUUAUAUGAAGGACAAUAUUGCAUACGAAUGUUUGAUUGGAAAAGAUAACUUUAAUACAGAGAAGCUUCCUACACAUAACCCAUCUGAUAACAGACAAUAUGGCAACAUUGUACUGGAGCAAACAGAUAUAUCACUAGCAACCACUAGUCCUGAGAAAGAUAUAGAGACAAUAAGCACAAAAGCUACUGUGCAAGGCCUAGAGCGAACAAGUGAUUGCUUUUUAUCCAAGGGCUUAGGUUUUUCGACUCAUUUAUUGUCAUCUUUAAAUACCAUAGAGAGCUUACAUGCCCUUCCCCAGGCAUGUGGUACUCAUAUUUGGUUUGAUGAUGAGGGUAACAUUGAGAGAAAAUGCAGUUUACAACAUGAAGCUACACAUGUUCAUGCUCAUGAGAGUGACACUUAUAUUGAUGCUAUAGCAGAAGCAACCUAUGAAGAUACUUCCAUAUCUGAAACUUUUAGUUCGGGGAAUGGUGAUCCCCCAAAGGAGCAGAAGAAAAAGAAGAGAACAAGGCUGAGAAGGCUGUCAUCUAUUGAUAAGGAUGGAGAACCCUCCAAGAAACUCCUCUUGCCUGGGAGAGUGGAAGAAAUGAGUACUACAAUUAUUAAAUAUUGGUGUCAAAGGUAUCAGCUUUUUUCAAGAUUUGAUGAAGGUAUUCAACUUGAUGAGGAAGGUUGGUUUUCAGUUACCCCCGAAGUUAUUGCGAAACAUCAUGCAGCACGCUGUGGGACUGAUACAAUUAUUGAUUGCUUCACUGGUGUUGGUGGCAAUGCAAUUCAGUUUGCUCAGAAGUCUCAUCAUGUGGUUGCCAUAGACAUAGAUCCAAAGAAGAUUGAUUAUGCUUGCCACAAUGCAAGGUUAUAUGGUGUAGCUGAUUAUAUUGACUUCAUUGUUGGUGAUUUUUUCCAACUUGCUCCUUUUCUGAAGGCAAAUGUUGUAUUUCUCUCUCCUCCUUGGGGGGGACCGGAUUAUUUAAAUGUUGAAAGCUAUGAUAUUCAAGAUAUGCUGAGACCUAAGGACGGUUUUUCUCUCUUCAAAGCUGCUCAGAUGAUUGCACAAAAUAUUGUAAUGUUCUUGCCAAGAAAUGUGGAUUUGAAUCAACUUGCUGAGCUCUCUUUGCAUUCCAGUCCUCCUCUUCCACUUCAGAUCGAGAAGAAUUAUGUUAAUGGGAGGUUGAAGGCCAUCACUGCUUACUUUGGUGACAUCUCUUUACCUAUUAUUGUUUAGCGUCUGAAAUACAGAUAUGCAUAUGCAACACUGCAGAUGUUUCUGCUUUUGAUUCGAGGCAGGAGUUCAGUUCAAACUUAAACUAUACCAUGGAUAAUCCAGAAGCAUGCUUCCUUUUUGGCUGUGCUAGACCAUGCUGCUGUCUGGAAUUUAACGAGUACGCUAUACCAUUUGGAAUCAUGAAAAACCGAGGUAGACUACUGUAUGGACGUCAUCGCAUAGUAAGCUUAUCAGUUUGUGAUAACUAUAUUGCUUUUUCCAAGUUGAAUUCUUCUGGCGAAAGUUCAUUCAGGCAAUAAACAGUAUGCUGAUGAAGAAAGCUGUACUGUCUUCGAAUAUGAUUUGUCAUUAUAAUUUAAUGCCUGAAUGCCUGAAAAUUCCAACCGUCUAGUACUACAAUGCAUUUUUUAUUGGUUUUGGGCAAGUUUAGGUUCUUAUAUUUUGCUGUAAUAUCUAUGCCCAGAAAUAUUUGUACAUAUAUAAUUGCUUUUGUAUAAUUUUAACCAUGGGAACCUGAACAAUUUCUGUGAGCAUUUGAAGAAUUUUAUGCUAUAUUGUAUUUAGAAGUCUUCAAAUUCUGACUGUAACUUCAUUGUAAAGCUUCCCUGUAAAGCCAAAGUAACCAGACAUAUUAUGCAAAGUGGAUAUUUUUUGCUGAAGUGAACUAUGGAUGAUUUACCUCUGAAUUGAGAAGGCAGCUCAAGUUCAGUAUUCAUGUAAAUUCAAUCAGAUCUAAUCUGUUGAAUUAUUUAGCUUUUUUAUUUAAGCUUCAUGGUCCUA